GUCACAUCCAACCACCACUCUCGAAUGCCCCCUACCACCGCUCGCAUCCACCGCCGCCUGUGCGGUAACAGUCACUACCCCCACCAUCUGUGCAGACAUGCCGUCGGAAGAGGCGCGCGACGAUGGCACGCGAUCACGACUCCCGCCAAAGAGAAAGCGCGAGGUACCAGCUUCACGAGCUGCCAAGUCAAGCAAGACAUCAACGCCAAACGCCUACGCUCGUCGCAGUCCACCUCGUGAUCCGGAGCCGCGAGCAGAUUCCGACGAAGACGGAGACCGAUCCCCUCCUCGCAAAUUGAAACGACCGGGCGCUGGUGCCCGUAUUGCUGCCGCCAAUCGUGAAGCUGCGGAGCGCGAACGACGGCAGCGCGAGGAGGAAGCGCGUCGAGGCGUGUUGGGCCGAAGUGUCAAUGCUGCAGAGCUGGUGGCAGAGCAUUACAAUGCCGUGCCCGAGCGUGGGAGAGAAUGGCGGAGCACCGAGAGCAAGAUCAAAGGCCUUCGAAGCCUGAACAAUUGGAUCAAGUCCACGCUGAUUCAGAAAUUCUCUCGACCCGAGAUACCAGUACCAGACAUGAAGGUCAUCGAUCUCGCAUGCGGAAAGGGAGGUGAUCUGGGCAAGUGGGAAAAGGCGCCGCAAGUCCCAGUGCUGUAUGUGGGCUGUGACAUUGCGAACGUGUCCAUUGAGCAGGCUCAACAGCGGCAUAACAACCCCCGUGGGGGACAGAACGGUCGAGGGCGUCGUCCACGCAUGCAGGCGGAGUUCUACGUUCACGAUACCUUUGCCCACUCACUGAUCGACGUGCCUGUUGUGCGUGCAGUGGGCUUCAAUCCGAACGUUGGUCCAGGAGGCAUCAUACAAGGUGGCAUGUCCUCCGGAGGGUUCGACGUCGUCAGCAUGAUGUUUGCGUUGCACUACUCUUUCGAGACAGAGGAGCUGGCCCGAGGUAUGCUGAGUAAUGUAUCCGGCGCAUUGAAGAAGGGUGGUCGGUUCAUUGGCGUCAUGCCAAAUAGCGACGUGAUCUCGUCGCGAGUCAAAGGCCUGCUCGCGUUAGAAAAGGGCUCUGGGAGGACGCCUAAUGGUGCAUCAACACCGGCUGUGCAGAACGGAGGCAAAUCAAGUGUCCAGCCUGCUGAGGUGGACGAUUGGGAUCCAGAGAGGCCAGCUGAUGCAUCCGACGAUGACGACUGGGAUCCUGAAAAGCCAAGCGAUCCACAGCCUUCGACUACCAACAACAACGAGGACGAUGAAGAUUGGGAUCCAGAAAAGCCCUCUGAGCCAGCACCUGCAGCAGCGCCAGAUCCGAAACCGAUUCCCGCCGCCCAAGUCAACGGCAGCGCUCAUACGCCAGUCGACGAAAACGCACCACCGCUCAGCUGGGGCAACUCCAUCUACAGCGUCAAGUUCCCACGCCAGCAAGUCUUGACCGGCAAGCCACUGCCAAAGGAUGGUAUCUUUCGCCCGCCUUUCGGCUGGAAGUAUCACUACAGUCUGGAAGAAGCCGUGGACGCAGCUGAGUAUGUUGUGCCGUGGGAGGCUUUCCGUGCGCUUGCAGAAGAUUACGGAUUGGAGUUGAUGUACAGAAAAGGCUUCCGUGAGGUGUUUGAGGAUGAAUCGGAGGACCGUGAGCUGGGCCAGCUUGCGGAGAGAAUGGGCGUCUUGAGCCGAGACCGCAGUCUACCAAAUGGUGGACUCCUCGUCAACGCGGAGGAAAUGGACGCCGCAAGCUUCUAUCAUGCCUUCUGUUUCUACAAGACUUGAGGUGACGAAUGACUUAGAUUAGACAGCAGGCCUUCAGCGACCAGUGUAUCAAUGACUAGAUGUGAAUGAUCAAUCAACCUACCAUUUUACCGGC